AGAUCAGAUCUGUCAGUUGGAUAUUAGUACUCAGAGAGCUCCGAUUAACGGGUCACUGAACGCAUCCGGACGCUGUCCAACUAGAAUCGAGACGUUCAGUUAGUCCGUUAUCACUUUACCAGACACAUCAUUAUCUUUUCUUUUUAUUUUAAAUAAUGCAACCCGCUGUUGUAGUUUAAAAAGCGGUUCAGUCCGCCAGGAUGCACGGGCUAAUUAGCUACCGUUAGCUGCGCGAGCCAAGGCUUGUUGAAGGAGGAUAAGACACGCGUCAUAGUUCUGGGGUAUUGCGCAUGCGUAGUAGAAUCUGCUCUGCGUUACGCAGCUUGACUUAAACAUACCCGUUACCCAGCCUCCUUCUUUAGGCCGUGCUGGGAGCUAGCUACCGUUAGCCGGAGGAGCUAGUUUGGUCCAGUGUUUGGUGCUGGAAGUAGCGGAGUCUGUGUUGCUUCUUCCAGCCGUGUGUUGUGGUGAGAACACCGGGGUAAAUAUGGAGAAAAGUAGCCGUUUAGUAGAGCUGUACCACUACCUACAAGACCCGCAUCUUGUUGCCCGUUUUCAGCGCUUUUGUGGUGUUCACGGGACGUUUACCAGAACCAGCAGCAGCACCGGCAGCAGCAAGGACGCAGACCGGACUCACUCACACAACAACGGGGCUCAGCAUCCUCACCUCACCGGGGAGAACGAGAGCGAGAACAUCGGAGCUGGAGAAGGAGAGAAAACAGUUCGGAAGAGGGGUACCGAGUCCAAACACAGAGGAGAGGAGAGUGAAAACCCUUCGCAGAACGGAGCGCUUGUGUCCGCAGCGACCGCCGGAGGAGAGACGUUCGGAACCGGGAGGAACAGUAAGAACCAGCCGGACUCAGACCCGGGUCUCCCACAGAGUAGCACCGUGAAACCCCUCCGCAAGAACUCUCUAACGGGCGACGCCGGGCAGGAGUUCCUCAUCCAGAACCGCUUCCUCUACUACAUGUUCACCUUCGGAACCGAGCUGGGCAACGAGCUCUUCUACAUCACCUUCUUCCCGUUCAUCAUGUGGAACAUAGACGCCUUCGUGAGCAGGAGGCUGAUCAUGGUCUGGGUCUGGGUCAUGUAUAUGGGGCAGUGCACCAAGGACGUGAUCGGCUGGUCCCGACCCGCUUCACCACCGGUGGUCAAAGUGGAGAUGUUCUACAAUUCUGAGUACAGCAUGCCGUCCACACACGCCAUGUCCGGCACCGCCAUCCCAUUCUCCCUGUUCUUCAUGACCUACGGCCGCUGGGACUACCCGUUCUCACUGGGCUUCAGCUUGGCUCUCUGCUGGUGUCUGCUGGUCUGUGUCAGCCGAAUCUACAUGGGAAUGCACUCGGUCCUGGACGUCAUCGUCGGCGUCCUGUACAGCGUCCUCAUCCUGCUCUUCUUCCUGCCGGCGUUGGACCUGAUCGACGGCUUCAACCUGACGCACCGCUACGCCCCGCUCAUCAUCAUCUCCUUCCACCUGGCCUUGGGCCUCUUCUCCUUCACCCUGGACACCUGGAGCACCUCGCGGGGCGACACUGCUCAGAUCCUUGGCACGGGCGCCGGCGUGGCGCUGGCCUCCCACGUCAACCACCUCACAGGUCUGAUACCCGACCCGCCGCUUGACCAGCUGCCCUUCACCAUGCCCGCCCUCAGCGCCGGCCUGGUGGGCAUGGCCCUGCUGCGGGUCCUCCUGGGCGUGCUGGUGCUGAUGGCCACGCGGGCACUGAUGAAGGCCCUGACCAUCCCGCUGGUGUGCUGGGUGUUCGGUGUGCCCAGCACGGACGUGAGGAAGGCCAGGCAGCACAUGGAGGUGGAGCUGCCGUACCGCUACAUCGUCUACGGGGCGGUGGGCUUCAACGUGCUCUUCGGGGUCCCGUUACUCUUCAGCUACAUUCAGCUCUCCUGAUUGGAUGUUCAGUCAGUCGUUGAAACAGUGAAGUGACCCUCUAAAUGUUCACUUAAUGCUGUUGUCAGACCAGAUGUCUCAUCCAGAACCCCUUUCUGUAGCCCUCUGGGUCAGGACUGAGGUGAAUUAAAGCCUACAAGCUGACCUGGAUGCUGACGUGUUAUCAGUUUUUCCCCCAUCGUUGGCUCAGGUUGGGUUCAGGAUGUACUAGGAGCAGCCGGGAGCUAUUCAGCUGUUCCUGUGGCGAGUGAUAUCUCUCUGUUCUGUUCUUUUAGAUUUAUUUAAAGUCAAAUCUGACGGCUCCUCCUGAUCCCAGGACGCACUGAGCCAAACAUCCACUCCUCCUCCUCCACCAGCUUAAUUCAUAGUAAACAGUGAGUGGCUUCUGAAGGACUGAAAACGCCACUGACGGCUACUGAUAAACGACCUGUGUCUUAUAUUUACAUUUUUAUUAAUGCCGUUAUUAUUAUUAAGAGUUCAGACAAAGAACCAUACAAGUAUGUUUUUGGACGACUGAUUUUUUUCCAGCAUUUAAAGGCAACGAACACAACAGUGUUGUUUUGUCUUUUACCGACUGAAAAGGGUUUAGUAACUCAGUUAAAACCUCGUUGACGAGUAUGUGGCCAGUGUUUGGUGUAGGGCUGUUUAUUUUCAUUAGAGCUGCAACAAUUAGUCGACUAAUCGAGUAGUCAGUCGACAGAAAAAUCAGAUUUCGGUAAUCGUUUAAGUAAUUUUUCAUGCGAAAAUGGCAGAAAAUGCUGUUUUCAACCUCUCAAAGAUGGAGAUUUCCUGCUUUUCUCUGUUUUAUAUCAAAUUAAACUGAAUAUCUUUGGAUUUUGGACAAAACAAGACAUUCACCUUCGACUUUGAGAAACUGGGAUGGACAUUUUUCACUAUUUUCUGACAUUUUAAAGACCAAACCAUUAAUCUAGAUUAACAUUAAUCUACAGCACACAUUCAUUUAUGAAAUGAAAGAAGAAAAUAAUGAAAAAUGUCUUGUUUAGUCCACAAACCAAAGAUAUCUUCAAAUCUUUAAAUAGUAAAUUAAUUGUGUGAACUAUAAAAUGAUAAUAAAUGUUGAAAAAUGUCUCCUGAAGUCAGAGAGGCGACGUCUGCUGAUGUCUUGUUUUGUCCGACCAACAGUCCCAAAUAUAUUCAGUUUACUACGAUAUAUAAAACAGAGAAAAUGCUCGAACUUAAGAAAAAUGUAUUUAUUUAUACAUUUUCCAAUUCCAUACAAGUUCUAAACCAUUGAGACCAUUGACGAUUAAUCGACAAUCAAAGCAGUUGCAGAUACAUCUUUUUGUUGAUUUACUUGAUUUAGUGUUUAAACUUUGUUGGUUCUUUGUCAGGAAGCUUCUUAGUAAUUCAUAAUUAAUCUUCCUCUCGUCUGUCUCACCUCUCAAAAGCAAUACGAUUUUAUACUUCUUUAUUCCUGAUGGAGAACGGUUUCUCUUUGACCUUUGACCUGUGGAGUGGACACACCUGUGGUUUAAAAGUUCUUGAACUUCAGAAUCAGAAUCGGAUGAUUUCCGAGGUGUUUGAUCGCACGUGUACAAUAUUUUCCUAAAGGGCUCUCCCCACUGACUGUUUCUGUCUUUAUUCAGACAGAUGAUCUGCUCUGAGAUCGAUUGUUUUUCCUGACCGGGCACAUACUGUACGAUCCAGAAGGAGAGGAAGGAAGAAAGCAUCACUUUGUUUGGGAAAUGUACAGAGAAGUUUUGAAUAGUUUUAUUUUGAAUGGGAUGACCCAUUAUCGGCCCACUUGGCUCAGCUUUUUCUUUCUUUAUAACACUGUAAACUGACUUCCUGUCAGAGACGCUCCUGAUGGCGUCCACUUCCUGUGCGGAGGAGAGUUUCAUCUGGAGAUAACGCUGCUCUCAGGAGGGAAGACACGUGGAGAGACGGAGGGAGGUCAGGAUGACGUUAACAGCUCAGGCAAAAAAUAAAUAAUUUACACAAUA